AUGGACCAUUUUCCUUCUCGUUGGGGUAAACCUCGUAACGAAAACGUCGACGCAUACAACACCGUUCCUCUCCACAAAAGUCUUCCUGACAGCUUGUCACAAUCAGCUUACGGCCCAGUAUCUCAUACCCAACAACCACUGGUGACUGGUACAUCGGUUAUUGCCUUAAAGUAUCGUGAUGGUGUUAUGAUGGCUGCAGAUAUGCUCGGCUCUUAUGGUUCGCUUGCUCGAUUCCGUAACAUUGAACGAUUAUAUCCUGUUGGCGACAACACCAUUGUCGGCUGUUCAGGCGAUAUCUCUGAUUACCAAUACAUCCAGCAUCUUUUGGAUACUCUCAUGAUCAAGGAACACUGCCAUGACGACGGCCAUGUUCUCGGCACAUCAAACAUCUUCGAAUACCUCUGGAGAGUCAUGUACAACCGACGAUCCAAGUUUAAUCCCCUUUGGAAUGCUCUUGUUGUUGGUGGUGUUGAUAAGGGUGAACGCUUCCUUGGUUACGUUGAUUUGCGAGGCACCACUUACCAAACUACAACCAUUGCCACCGGUUUUGGUGCCCAUCUUGCACAGCCUAUUUUGAGAAAGCGAGUAGAAGGCAGAGAAGAUGAUCUCACUGAGGAGGAGGCUAUUGAAAUCAUCAACGAUUGCAUGAAGGUUUUGUUUUAUCGUGAUGCUCGAUCCAUGAACAAGUUCCAAAGAGCAAAGAUUACUGCAAGUGGUGUUGAGGUCACUGAGCCCUACAGCGUGGAAACGGAAUGGGGAUUUGCGGAAAAGAUACGAGGUUACGGUGCAUAA